GUGUGGGGUUUAGCUCCAAAAUGUUUACCAAAAUGCUGUUAAAGAGCGGAGACUAGACUAGACGGACAAAAGAGAGAAACAAGAGAGAUCAUUAGCAAUGUCUGGCAGAGGAAAGCGGAAGGAUGACGAGUGUGCAUCGGAUGAUAACUCGGAGGGCCACGCUCCUCCCAAGAAAUCUUCUAAGACUGAGUCUGCUGACGACUCUGACGACAUAGUCGUUUGCGAGAUAUCAAAGAACAGAAGAGUGACAGUGAGGAACUGGCAAGGAAAGGUCUGGAUAGACAUUCGCGAGUUCUAUAUCAAAGAUGGCAAACAAUUGCCUGGCAAAAAGGGUAUAUCGUUAAGUGUGGAUCAGUGGAAUGUACUCAGGGAUCACGUUGAAGAAAUUGACAGGGCACUUGCGGAUUCUUAGGAUCGUUGGCGAUGGCGGUAGGUUGUAGUUCCAAGGAUUUAGGUUCUUUUUGUUUUGUUUGCAAGGAUGUGGGAUAUAGUAGGCAGAUGUCCUUUCUGUAUUUGCUUGAAGUUGACAAUUACGUUUUGCUUAGGCUAUUAAUCAUGUAGUGGCAUGUCAGAAUACCAUUUGACUAACGUAUAGCCUAGUUGUGUUAUUAAUUACUUAUCAGUGUUUUUGCCUUGA